CUGAUCAUUUCGUCUCUUGACAGAACCACCUACUGCACGUACAGUCCAACUCUUCGUUUUCUCCUUAAUUUCCGAGAUCUGUCGACUUAUAACGUCGACACUUGGGAAUAAAGCUACUACAACUAAUUCAUGUCCGCUGAAGAACUCCAGGAUGUUGCCGAGAAUGAGAUUGAGUCUAACUGGGACCAGGUCGUAGACAACUUCGACAACAUGGAUCUUAAGCCCGAAUUACUCCGUGGCAUUUAUGCUUAUGGUUUCGAGCGUCCAUCUGCUAUCCAACAGCGAGCUAUCGUACCUGUCGUCAAAGGCCAUGACGUUAUUGCGCAGGCCCAGUCCGGUACUGGCAAGACCGCCACGUUCUCUAUUUCCAUUCUUCAGCAGUUGGAUAUGACCGUUAAGGGAACCCAAGCUCUUAUUCUUGCACCCACUCGUGAGCUGGCUCAACAAAUUCAAAAAGUCGUUGUCGCUCUUGGCGACUACAUGAACAUUGAGUGUCACGCUUGCGUCGGAGGCACCAAUGUUCGUGAAGACAUGGCGAAACUCCAGGAGGGUGUUCAGGUUGUCGUCGGUACACCUGGUCGUGUUUUCGAUAUGAUCAACCGGCGUGCCCUCAAAACUGACACUAUCAAGAUUUUCUGUCUCGAUGAAGCUGACGAGAUGUUGUCUCGUGGUUUCAAGGACCAGAUUUAUGAAGUGUUCCAGCUGCUGCCUCAGGAUACCCAGGUGGUGCUGCUUUCUGCUACCAUGCCUGCGGACGUACUCGAGGUCACUAAGAAGUUUAUGCGUGACCCCGUCCGUAUUCUCGUCAAGAGGGAUGAGUUGACUCUCGAAGGUAUCAAGCAAUUUUACAUCGCUGUGGAAAAGGAAGAGUGGAAGCUCGACACACUUUGUGAUCUGUACGAGACCGUUACGAUCACUCAAGCCGUUAUUUUCUGUAACACCAGACGGAAGGUUGACUGGCUUACGGAGAAAAUGCAUUCCCGCGAGUUUACAGUAUCUGCCAUGCAUGGAGACAUGGAACAGAAGCAGCGGGAGGUCCUGAUGAAGGAAUUCCGAUCUGGUUCCUCUCGUGUGUUGAUUACCACUGACCUUCUCGCUCGUGGUAUCGAUGUACAGCAAGUGUCUUUGGUUAUCAACUACGAUUUGCCCACCAAUCGUGAAAACUACAUUCAUCGUAUCGGCCGUGGCGGUCGAUUCGGACGAAAAGGUGUUGCCAUCAACUUUGUCACCACUGAUGAUGUGAGGAUGUUGCGCGAUAUUGAACAGUUUUACAACACCCAGAUUGACGAAAUGCCUCUCAAUGUUGCCGAUCUCAUUUGAGUACGCUUUGCUCAAGCUGUUUUAGGAAGCUGCUUACCGAAGAAUGUACAAUGUACAUCCGUUUUAAUAAAGCGUGUGAGGGUGCGA